CUCUCUCUCUGACCUUCCCUCCUCACCCUCUUCCUUUCGCUGGCGUCCCUCUUCUCGUCUCUUCUAUUCGUCGACCAAUCGCUCCUCCAUUUCGAAUCUCGGCGAAAACCCUAAUUCCUCCCCCAAAGAAUCCGCGGCUCUAUACCCUCAACCACUUUUCUUCUCCCCCUCUCGAUCUCUUCCUCUGGCUCGCUCUCCGCCGCUUCUCUGGCUGAUUUCCCCCUCCGGUUGGACUCCAGAGCUCUCGAUUACCUGUCGCCUUUUUGUUCCAGGUCGUGGCAGAUGGACGAAGACGAGGUGGCGCGCGUCUCUCGCACGCCCGAGGAGGUUUUCCGCGACUUCAGAGGCCGCCGUGCCGGCAUGAUCAAGGCCCUCACUACUGACGUCGACAAGUUCUACCAACAGUGUGAUCCAGAAAAAGAGAAUUUAUGCCUUUAUGGAUUUCCUAACGAGACUUGGGAAGUAAAUUUGCCAGCGGAGGAAGUGCCACCAGAACUCCCUGAGCCUGCCUUAGGAAUUAAUUUUGCUAGGGAUGGAAUGGCAGAAAAGGAUUGGUUGUCACUAGUUGCAGUCCACAGUGAUGCAUGGUUACUCGCUGUUGCUUUCUAUUUUGGGGCACGUUUUGGGUUUGACAAAGAGUCAAGGAGGCAGCUACAUAAUAUGAUAAACAAUCUCCCUACCAUAUAUGAAGUUGUAACUGGAACUGUCAAGCAGCAGUCCAGAGAGAAGAACCCUAAUGGCACCAGUAAGAGCAAUAAAUCAAGCUCUAAGAAGGCAGAGCCACAGAAGCCAUCAAAGAUGCCUCCUUCCAAAGAGGAGGAUGGUAGCAGGGUGGAGGAUGCGGAGGAAAACGAGGAGCAUGAGAACACCUUGUGCGGUGCAUGCGGGGACAAUUAUGCCAAUGAUGAGUUCUGGAUAUGUUGCGACAUGUGUGAAAAGUGGUUCCACGGAAAGUGUGUGAGGAUCACACCUGCACGGGCUGAGCACAUCAAGCAGUACAAGUGCCCGAGUUGCAGCAACAAUAAGAGGGGUAGGGCAUGAACAACAUGGGUUGAGAUGGUUCUCAUGUAUCAGACAGGUUCACUGUAACACGAAAGAUUGGGAGCAUUUCUGUCGAUCAUUUGUCCUCUCCCCAGUUGCCAGUACUAAACUGUAUUCCACCAUCUUCCGCCUGCUAAAUAUACUUUUUAAACUUAAAGAUGUUAAAUGAAAAUGUUAGGUUUCAGUGAUG